GGGGGGGGGGGGGGGGACUACCAAUACUGCCAAGUUGUUUGUAUACAGUUGACCCUCACUUAUUUGCGAUUCAUCACCCGCGGAUUCACCUAUUUGCAGAUUUAUUUUUUCAUUUUUUUUUUUAAAUAUCCUUUGCCUUUGUUUUUCUUCUUGGAGUGUUUUUUGUUUAAAAAAAUGCUUAUUGGCAGUGAAUCCCCGCUUCAAGAAUACCACCCAAACCCAUGCAAUUAUAAUGGCCAUCAAUUAGUCACUAUUGUUAUUUUUUUGUUAUUCACGGUCAGUCCCUCACGAAUAGCGGGGGUCCCACUGUACUGUACACCUUUUCUAGAUAUGCAAAUAAACUAUUUACAAUUAACAUAGUAACAGCAUUUCUCUUUAAUAAAUAAUUCACAUUUAGAAUUAAAACUGGUUUCCUUUAGUCCGCUUACUACAGAUUGCUCUUGCUCCUGUUGUAGGUCUAAAUGUCGAGAUGGGAUUUGGUUGUUAGUCAGUGCAGGUGUGGAUCUAUUCCAGUGGGCCUUGCAAUUUUUUAAAUCCUCUUUGCCUUUUUCCCUUAUAACAAAAUAUUUUCAAAAUGGCCACAAUAUAUAAUUGCUUGAUUUAUUAAUAUUAGCGUGUUUAAUAAACUCAAAUCGCAUUUCAAAGUGGCCCUUGCGUCCUUUUAUAUGGGGCCUUUGGGUGGAAAAGGUUUGGACACCCCUGCUUUAAAUGCAUUCAUUCUCAAGUGUUUGUCGUUCAAUUUUAAACAAUGCCGUUCAGAAGAAAAGCAACCAAUAUUUUUAACAAUUUGUGAAAAAAUUUAUUUGUUUUGUUUCAAAUAAAGUUAUAAAUGUGAAAAAAUGUUCAUUAGGUUUUAUCACAUUGACAUCUAAUCUCACUGCUAGUCUUAAAUUUUGAAUUCACUGGUGUGGCGCACGACAUGUUCAUUGGUGCCAAAACAUUUGGACUCGCUUCCUCCUGGGAAUACUGUACAGUGUGCAAAGAAGAAAAACAUAUUUUGGAUUUGGUGACUUGAGUGGGUUCAUUGUAUGGCUGAUACAUAGGCUGUUUUAUGAAGUGUAGAAUGUCUUAUUUUUGAUGAUGACUGCUCUUUGAUACAUAGAGUAAAGAUUGAUGAACAAUUGGAUCUCUGCUGUGUAUUCACCUCUAAAGCUCACCAUGGAUGUUUACUAGCGUUUCCAUCUACCAUUCAUCCAUUUUAUGUAGCACUUGUCCACAUUAGGUUCAUGGAUGAGUUGGAGCCUAUCACAGCUGACUGGGUAAAUUGCAGGGCCAUCUACUUUCAUUUUAACCAAUCAGCAGCACUAGUAAUUUUCUGUUUGGUAAGACUUUGGCUUUUUUUUUUUUUUUUUUUUUUUCCCCCCAUCCAGAUGACUGAAGAUUUCACAUCCUAGUACAGUAUUUCCAUUUGAGGGACUAUGUACAAUCAAAGUGUAGUAGGGCUAUCCAUUGAAUCACUGCCAUUUGCUUGUAACACAAAAUGAUUAGCAUUCUUCCCCUCACCCCCAAUUCGAAAUCUGAUAAUUGAGUUCAAUGAGUUACUCAAAGUGUGUAUUUGCCUAUCAAGCAACUUUUUUGUUUUUAUUUUUUUUUUAUUUUGUCAUUUUAGUGUGCCGAAACUGCUCAUUUGUGUAACACGACUGAAAGUUACCGGACUUGGUUUUUAGCUUGAAAUAUAGCCAUAUGGCAUUCAUGGGCACUGAACAUGUUGCAGUGAUUCAACAAAACAUAUUUUCAAAAGAAAUAGUUUAGAUGACUCUGAGAUGUUGCAAAAUAUGAAACUCAUGGCAAAAUAAAUGAGUGACUACUUUUGGCCUUCCCAUGACCGAACUGAAUGAAGCAACUAACAAUGUAAUUUGUGGAAUAAUCCAAAAUGUUCAGAGGGGGUUAUCUGGUGCUAGGACACAUGCCAUAGCACGCGGGCCUCCCCCCCCUUCCUGCGUGCCAGCAGAGUUCUUUGGUGGCACUAUGGCUCCGUAAGGCUGAGUGCAACAGCUCCUUAAUACAUUUGCCAUGCUUGGCAGAAUAUACUGUUUUUAUCUCUCUCCAUCGUUCUUCAGAAUGCAACUUUAAGAUACAACAACAAGAUUGCAUGAAAGUUAAUUUUAAAAAUAUAUUUUGCAGUUAAUUUGAUCGUGUAUUUGUACAUCUUAUUUUCUCGGGAAGCAAAUGGCACUGAUAAGGUGGAAUGUCCCAGUAAGUGAUGUUGCAUGUACAUGAAUAAUUCACGGUGGCAGGCACGGUGAAAGUGAAGCCAGAUCUACUGUUACACUUCACUAAAAAGCGGGCUACUAUAAUAUAGGAGGAAACCCUUCAAAACAUCCCACAAAACGAGUGUCGUGUACUGCCUACUAUUUUAAGGCAUCUCUCAUUUGCUGCAUAUUGCAGUGUUUUGGUUGUGCAGCAGGACACAGGUUGUUUGUGCGUGUACUAUGUCCUGCUUCAAAGCAUCAGAUAUGCACGGGAGGGAUUGUGUCAAAGUGGCCGUCAGAGUCCGACCGUUCAACAAGAGGGAGCGGGACGCGGGGAGCCGCUGCAUCGUCUCCUUGGCAGCGAGCUCCAUCACCAUCCAGGACCCGCGCGACUCUCAGUAUCGCCGCUCCUUCUGCUUCGACUACGCCUACUGGUCCCACAGCGGCUACGUCAUCCAGGACCGCACUGGUCUCUACCUGCCUGAAGAAGCGGGGGGCCGCUACGCAGACCAGGAAUGUGUGUUCCAGGACCUUGGGCAAGGAAUACUGGAGAAUGCACUUCAGGGUUACAACGCCACCCUGCUGGCCUACGGUCAGACGGGCUCGGGGAAGAGUUACUCCAUGGUGGGCUACAAGCACAACAAAGGCCUGGUUCCCAAACUGUGCGAGCGACUGUUUAAGGCCAUCAAAGAAAACAAGGAGGCUAGACAAUGCCAGGUCUUCUUCAGUAUGUUGGAAAUCUAUAAUGAGCAGGUGGUGGACCUGCUGUCUCGUGGUUCUCGUCCUCCAGGGGGGCUGCGUGUCCGAGAGGAGCAGCACAGGGGCUUCUAUGUGGAGGGUCUACGUACAGUCCCCUGUGAUAGUGCAGCACAGGUGGAGCAGCUGAUGGAGCAAGGCACCAGAACUAGAACCACCGCAGCCACGCACAUGAACGCAAACAGCAGCCGCUCACACAUGCUCCUUGUGCUACAGCUCAAACAGAUCUUGUCUAAAGAGAGCGUCACCAAACAGUCCAACAUCAAUCUGGUGGACCUGGCAGGAAGCGAGCGCCAGAGAUCGGCGUCGUCCGAAGCCGACCGUCUCAAAGAGGGCACGGCCAUCAACCUGAGCCUCACCACUCUGGGCAACGUCAUCAGCGCCCUCGCUGACAUGGCGGUGGGGAGGAAGACUGUGCAUGUUCCGUACAGAGAUUCGGUUCUCACUAAGCUGCUGCAAUCCGCACUGGGGGGAAACAGCCGCACUGUUAUGAUUGCAACAGUAAGCCCUGCUGACAUCUGCUAUGAGGAGUCUCUGUCCACACUUCGCUAUUCUGAGAGGGCAAAGCACAUCCAGAACCGUCCUGUGGUAAACGAGAGCCCCACUGAGCGUCUUGUCAAAGAACUCAAGGCCGAGAAUGCCAGACUGAUGCAGAGACUGAGCCGACUGGGCCAGGAUGGACGCAGCGCAAAUGAUGAAACCAAGGAGAUCCGUCAGCUGCUGACACACAAUGAACUCCAGAUAAGAACCAUUAACACUUUAUGGGAGAAACAUCUGCAGGAGGCGCUUAAGGACUGGGAGCAACAGUAUGCCAACAUCACACAGGAGAGGAGAUUGAUGCAGAUGCAUCCCUAUAUACUGAACAUCAACGAGGACGCUCAGCUGUCUGGUGUGGUCAAACUGUUUAUCCCGGCGGGUGAAUGGGACAUUGGCCUCAGUGAAGGCACCCCCAGAUCCAUCUCCAUCAAGGGUUUGGGGAUCCAGCAGCGCCAUGCUGUGUUGAAGAACGAACAGCGGCGGUUAACGCUAACUCCGCUUAAAGGCUCCAAGGUGACCGUCAAUGGAAGAGCGGUUACUCAGACCAGUGAGCUACAGCACCUGGACCGACUCAUUCUGGGUUCCAACUGCACUUACCUUUACAUCGGUUUCCCGUCUGAGAGGGGCGCUAACGACUGGAGUCGCUACGACUACGACUACUUCCUGUCCGAGCUGGCUGCCGCUGAGGGCAUCCACCUGGGUGAAAGCAGUACAGAAUCCUGUCAGACGGAUCCUAGUCUGCUGGCCGUCUUUUAUGAUUACGUCAAAUUGAUGCCGCUGGUGGCUGAAGCCAACCAGAUGAGCGAAGAACUAAAAAAGGGUGUGGAGUUUAAACUGGAGAUCAAGAAUCUGGUGCUGUCGGACUCAAAAGGAAACGACCUGGAAAAAGAGAUCAUUUGCAAAGUCACCUCAAAGCACAGCAAACAGGUAUGGAUGUGGUCCAAGGCCAAGUUUGUGAACCGCAAAUUCCUGAUGGAAGAAAUAUACCUACGACAUCUGGAUGAGAUGAACGGGGAACAUACAGGAGAAGGCCUCUCCUCUUCUGCCCUGCCCAGAGACAAAGACCCUUUUUGGGAUCCGGUAGAGCCGCUGCUCCUGGGCACCGCUCACCUCUGGCUGCAAUCUCUGGCCUUCCGAAUUCCUGUGGACGAGCAACUGGAGGUGCUUGGGUCUGAAGGUAGUGAGGAGGCCAUUCUGCAAGCCAAGCUGAUUCCUUGCACCUCUGAUGGAUUGCCUCUGGGCGAAGACGACAUCCUCAUCGACCCGUCUGAGCUGCUCGGCCGGCGACUCGACGUCCAGCUGGUUGUGGAACAAUGUUUUGGUCUGCGCUGGAUCAGAGAGGCUCGCAAUAGAGGCGUUCAAAUUGGUUUCAGUGUGUUGGACAGUGGCGGUCGUGUGUACACGCCGGCCGUGUGGCACCACGUCAACCCCGCGCUGCGUCACAAAGUGCACUUUGCCUCCCUUCACGUCUCUCGGCAUCUACUCGACUACCUUCAGAGCAGCGCUGUGCUUCUGGAGCUUUGGGGGCUUCAAGACGGCUGCACUAGCUUGGUAUCACCUCUGGAGGGCGCUAGAGGGAGCACAGGGGGCAUAUUUAUCAUCGAUGAGAGUGGCAUGACUAAUACUAUUCCUGCAGAUUGCAUAAAGCUGAACAGUUCACUAAGCAGACUUCAGAGUGACCUUGAGGAACAGAAGAGAGUUAACAACACCCUGAUGAAGGAGAACCAACGUUUAAGAGGACAACUCAACACAGCCACCAAUGGUGGCAACAGUGCGCCGAAUCGCUCGGUUCGGCCGAGUUGCGACGCCGAGUUUGCGCGCUCGCUAAAGCGGUUCUACCACAACAUGACCUCAGUCAGGGCUCAGCUGGAGAGUCUGCGCAGACGCAGGCCCAGUGAGUCAUGUGACCUGCUGGGGCUCCGCCUCUACGUAGACGAGCGCAGCGGUCUGCUGAAGGACUUUUCGGAGCAGCUGGAGCAAAGCGUGUCCGCCCUCAAACUCGACGUCGCCACCAUCGUCCGACGCAAGCGGGAACGAUCGGGAACCUAGUCUUGGUGAGGAAACCACAGUUGAAGCAAUUGUGCAGUUCUCUUCGGAAAGUUUUGACAUGAAAUGAAAGAUUUUUUAAAAAUCUGUUAACCAACAUUUUUUUUCUUUCACAUUCACAGAUAUGAGUAGAACACAGCUCACAGUUCACAUCCACUUUGCAUGAACUGAUAUUUGUAUGAUUAUUGUACUCAGAUAAGAAGUUAAAGUUGACCCUAUUUUACAUAAUUACAACUUCAACUCAAAUGUUUUUUCCUGAAGUAAACUUGUAUAUUUUAAUUAUUUUUCAAUAUUCUAAUAGAUUCCGUUUCUUCCCAAAUCCUUGUCAAAGUAAAAAACAAUGGUUCCAUUGAUUUUCAAAAGAGUUAAUAAUGGACAAAGUAGCAAAGUCCAUAAAAAAGUUUAUUAGACUGCAUGUAAAAGUAGUUAAAGCAGUUACACACUGCAAAUAAAUAAAUUAAAACAAACAAUUGAGGCUUUUCAUUUACAAUGUUUUGAUACACUGUGACAUUUCCAUUUAAUGCCACCACAGUUGCACACAUCAAUUCUAUCACAAUAUGACAUCUAGAAAAGAAUGUUGCUGCACCUCACACCCGAAGACAAAUUCAACCAAUUCGGGCUGAGUUUUUUUAUUUUUUAUCAUCUGUCCAGGUCACUUAUGUUGCGCUUAAUUUGUUCAGUGAGACGUUUUUUUAAAAAAAAAAAUGUUUUUAUAUGGUCUGUAAGAACACAGACGCUUGUAGGUUCAAAACAAAACGAGUGUAUGGUUACAGGCAGGAGAGGCAGAAGGCAAAUUUGUUGAUGAGGAUGGAGAAUGUUUGUAGUUGUGUGUGCGUGUGACGUGACGGUAAAAGAUGCUUUGAUGGGGAGCACAGAAGGCCGAUCACACAGGCGAGGUAGGUUCACAUGAACGAAGAAUCAUAGCGUAUUUACAAAAAGAGAUCAUGUAGUGAGUCACAGGAGCAAAAGAAACAUUUAUAGAUGAGCGGGUUAAAAUACUUUUAUCAAGUGUAGUAAUGAAAGUAAUCAGUGUUUUCUGUUAUGUAUCAAGGUAAAAUUGUUUGAAUAUACACAGGCGAAUCUCAACGAUAAAUUCAAUAAGCUCAAUUCCCAAAGUGAAACUCAAUUAAACAACAUACAAAUCAUUUUUGAGUGUUUCUUAUAUAAUACAAUUUUCUUUUCAUAAACUAAUUAGAAUUGAUGAAAUAUUUUACUUUGUGUUGUGAAUCUAUUUAAGUUUCACUUUUUGAAUUGAACAACUAAAAUAAAUAAAGUUUUCACAAUAUCCUAAUUUAUUGAGAUGCAUUAAGCAGAUGUGUCAGUGCUAAAUUGCGUUGGUUCAUCAUAUUUUGUUGUUUAAUACAACGCAACAGUUUAAAUCUCCCACUCGCACACACACACUUCACAGUAUAAAAAUAGUUAAAACUAACACACCAGGAGGUCCACAGAUUCACAUUAGGUCCACGUACAAAUGAAGUUUACGAAGUUUACAGUCUGCAGCGAAACUGGUCAAAUGUCAUUAAAAAAAAUGAGCGGACAAGCCAUUUCGGAUUGUUAACAGCAAGAAUGUUUGCGUACGUGUGUGCUUGCACAAAAUGGAGUCCAGUCUGCGCAUGUAACACGCUCAACGUUUCCCUCAAAACUAUUACCACCGCCCGGCAGUGAGUAGUUAGGCGUCGGUGCCGUCAUUGCCGGCACCGCGGCUCUCGCUCCCCGUGGAUCCGUGCGUGAUGAGAGUGGGCGGGGCCUCGGUCACUUCCCUCCGGCUGCCGUGCGCGGACAGCGGACGGUCGAGACGCGGCGCGCUACCGUGGAAACUGCGCUCCUCGACGCUUCUGUAGACCACCGUGUCGCUCCUGGCACGGCGGGAGGGGAGAGAGUGACGCGUGGGUGGCUUCUAACACGACUUCCCGUUUGCGUACCUGUCGUCGCCAGCGCGGCGCAGGCUGCCGUGGUAACUGGCUUUGCUGUGGACGCUGCCGGCUUUGCUCCUGGCGGAGGCGGGCUGGCCGGGGCGGCUUCUCAGGGGCUCGUCCGGGUCGUCGAGGACGGCCAGGUGAGUGGAGGAGGCGUGAGUGGAGGUACCCUGAAGGAGGACGACAAGCAUUUGAAAAUAUCAACACUAUUCAACAUGUAUUUAUGUCAUAUCCCAUUGGGGGACCAUAGGAUCCAGUUAAAAGUAACAUGCUCUUGCUUGUAUAUCGUGAGAGGUUUUCAAACACAUUUUUAUCACGGGCCACAUUGUAGUCUUGUUUUUUUGUCAGAGGGCCGUUAUGACUGUAAAACCAUACUUUUUUUUUUUUUUAACAGGUUUCCUACACAUUUGAGAUUUGAAAAUUCCAUACUUUUUCAAGAGCCUAAUAUCCAGACUUCUCAGUCAAAAAAAUUCAUGGAGGACGUGGAGGCGUGAACUGACGCAGCGCAAAGUCCAUUAAGUCGAAGGGCAUUAACCUGCUUGUACCAUGGUCACUUGCCGACCAAAAUAAUGAAACUACCAAUUCAUAAUUUCAUACAUUUUGUAGUCAAAAUAGAAUUUCAUUUUCCCUCGCAACACCCGACGGCUUGACUAGGAAGAGUCAUUCCAUUCCCGUAAGCUCACUGAGGGAAUGUGAACGCUACUCAGUAGUCCAGCAAAUACAUUUUCUAGCUUGAUAAUGUUAAAUAGCAACCAAAGCUAUGCCGAAAAAAAUCGGUUAUUAUUACAAUUUGAAACCCUUACCCUUUAUUGAAACCGUAAUUUAAAACCUAAACCCGAAUUUGAAAACCUACUUUGUAACCCUAACCCUAGUUUGAAACCCUAAAUCUCUCUUUGAACCCAAAUUUGAAACCCUAACCCUGAUUACAACCCCUAAUUUGAAACGUUAACCCGGUUUUGAAACCAUACUUUGAAAAAAAAAUAACCCUCUUUUGAAACCCUAACCCUGUCUUAAAACCCUAAUUUGAAACCUUAACACUAUUUAAAGACCCAAACCCGUCAAUAAACCUAAAUGUUAAACCCUAUCCCUAUUAAAAAUCCCUAAUUUUUAACCCUGAAACCCUACUUUGAAACCGUAACUCUGUUUUCAAACCCUAAACCUGUCAUAAAACCCUAAAUCUGUUUUGAAACCCUAAAACUCUUUCAACCCUAACCCUUUUUUGAAACACUAAUUUGAAACCCUAAUGCUCUCUUUAAACCCUAAUUUGAAACACUAACCCUGUCUUGAAACACACUCUGUUUUGAAACCCCAAUACUCUUUAAAACCUAAUUUGAAAACCUAAUCUUUUUUGAAACCCUAAUAAUCUCAUUAAACCCUAAUUUGAAACCCUAACCCUGUUUUGAAAUCCUAAUUUAAAAUACUAAAACUCUUUUGAAACCCUAAUUUGAAACCCUAAACCUCUCUUGAAAGCCUUUUUUGAAACCCUAACCCUGUCUUGCAACCCUAACUUGAAAACCCAAUACUCUUUAAACCCUAAUUUGAAACCCUAAAACUCUCUUGAAACCCUUUUUUGAAACCCUAACCCCGUUUUGAAAUCCUAAUUUGAAACCCUAAACCUAUCUUGAAACCCUAACCCUGUCUUGAAAUUCUAAACCCUAAUUUGAAACUGUAAAUCUGUUUUGAAAGAAACCCUAAUUUGACACCCUAGUACGCUUUUGAGACCCUAAAACUCUCUUGAAACUCUUUUUUGAAAACCUAACACUGUCUUGAAAUCCUAAUUUGAAACCCUAAUCCUGUCUUGCAACCCCAAAACUCUAAACCCUCAUUUGAAACCCUAAAUCUGUUUUGAAACCUUAAUUUGAAACCCUAAAACUCUCUUCAAACCCUUUUUUGAAACCCUAACCCUGGAUUGAAACCCUAAUUUGAAACCCUAAAACUCUCUUCAAACCCUUCUUUGAAAGCCUAACCCUGUUUUGAAACCCAAAUUUAAAAUCCUUAAACUCUUUUGAAACCCUAAUCCUGUCUUGAAACACUAAUUUUAAACCGUAACCCUGUCUUGAAACCCUAAAUCUGUUUUGAAACCCUAAAACUCUAAACCCUAAUUUGAAACCCUAAAUUUGUUUUGAAACCCUAAUACUCUUUUGAAAUCCUAACCAUUCUUGAAAUCCUAAUUUGUAACCCAAACCCUAUCUUGUAACCCUAAAACUCUCAACCCUAAUUUGAAACUGUAAAUCUGUUUUGAAACCCUAAAACUCUCUUUAAACCCUUCUUUGAAACCCUAACCCUGUUUUGAAACCCGAAUUUAAAACCCUUAAACUCUUUUGAAACCCUAAUUUGAAACCAUAAUACUCUUUUCAAACCCCAAUGGUAAACCCUAGAACUCUCUUGAAGCUCUUUUUUGAAACCCUAACCCUGUCUUGAAACCCUAACCCGAAACUGUAAAUCUGUUUUGAAAGCCUAAUUUCUAAAUAACAAUAACGGGGCCGAGACAGACAGACAGGAGUGAGGUGAGCCGCGCGGAUCUCUCCCGACACGUGGAGAAAAACAUGGUGAUUGUUGUGGACUUCAGGAGAGCACACUCUCGGCAUGCUCCCCCGAACAGCAACGGUGCUGCGGUGGAGAGAGUGCAGUCCCUGGGUGUGCGUAUCACCGAGGACCUCUCCUGGACCGGCAACACAGCUCACCAGCGUCUCGACUUCCUGCGCAAGCUGAGACGAGCCAUGCGCUCGUUCUACAGAGGGACCACAGAGAGCAUCUUGACCAACUGCAUCACCGUGCGGUACGGAGGCUCCACCGCAUCCUGCCGCGAGACUCCCCAUCGCAUAGCGAGGGCGGCUGAGAAGAUCAUCGGAACCGCUCUUCCCUCCCUGCAGGACGUCUACAGCACCCGCCUCGCCCGCAAAGCCCUCGCCAUAGUGGGGGAUGCCACGCGUUCGUCACACAGCCUCUUCAGUCUGCUUCCGUCAGGGAGGAGACUGCGGAGUCUGCGGGCCAGGACCGGCCGACUCAAAGACAGUUUUAUUCAUUAGGCUGUCAGGAAUCUGAACUCUCUACCCGCUCUGCCCCCCUCUACCAACCUGAACACUGACGCCCCACAAACACGCGCACACACACACCCGUCAAUACACACGGAGACACGCACGUCAGACUCAGGGUCGCACCAGCCGAUUUAGCAGCAUUGGGGUUUUGUCAUCGAAUUUAUGUACGUCUUAUUUGCCUUGGUUCUCCGACCUUGACUAUGUUGCGCACGUCACCUGAUCGUUGAUAUUAAUACUUUUAAUACUGUAUGUAUCAUUGCUUUAUUUAGCUUUUUAUAUUGAUAUUAUUUGUCUUUGUAGCACCGCGGGCCCUUGAGUACCGUAAUUUCCAUCCUCUGUAUGUGUUACGACAAUAAAAGCAGCUUGACCUUGAUCUGUUUUGAAACCCUAAAACUCUUUAUACCCUAAAUUGAAACCCUAACCCUCUUUUGAAACCCUAAAACUUUCUUGAAACCCUAACCCUGUCUUGCGGGGUAUCAAGGGUUCAAGUUCAUACUUGUCAGUUUUUGUGCCAGGAAAUGUCUUUGCGUUUUAAUCGCAUUUUUGUUUCGUUUUCUUGGAGUUACUUUCAAUCUGGCAAAGUUAACUCUUUGUGCCGCCUCUCUCUCCCUCCCCCCUCAUCAAAGGUGCUG